CAACAAUCCACUCGCCCUUGACCGUUUUCGGCAUUGAUCCAACUACCACCCCGACGAACCCGCAGUGACGACCAUCAAUCUUGUGAUACCCAACGAAGCCAAACGAUCACAGCUCGCCUACAGCCUUCGCAACAAGGAGUGCCGCCCUCCAUCCUCUCACUUCAUCCCUUUAUCGCCUUAUUGAAGGCGAAAGGUCACCAACGACAUCUCCCUCCGACUUUCUAAAACCUCCCGAUCAACGAACUUUCCACCUCCCCAAUACCGCCGCCACCAUGUCCAACCCACUCGAAACCGAGCCCGGCUCCGAGCGCUUCGGCGACUACGAAGCAGAGCUGAAGCUCGUCCAAGCCGACCUCGUCCAGAAACUCGACCAGAUCCCCGAACUCUCAGGCGAGCCCCGCAAAGCCGCCCUUUCCUCCGCCGAGCGCGCCCUCGAGGAGGCCGACGAGCUCCUCGCCCAGAUGCGCCUCGAAAAGGCAAACAUCCCCACCACCCUCCGCUCCAAGAUCAACGCCCGCUUCCGCAACCACGAGUCCGACAUUGACGGCCACAAGCGCAAGCUGCGCUCCCUCGCCGACGACCGCGCCGCCCUGUUCGGCGCGCGCUACACCGACAACCCCUCGGGCAGCGGCCAGGACGUCCAACUCGAGCAGCGCCAGCAGCUGCUUUCCGGUACGGACCGCCUCGACCGCUCUACGCAGCGGCUCAAGGCUAGUCAGGCCCUCGCCAACGAGACGGAGGGCAUCGGAGCCGGUAUCCUUGGCGACUUGCACACCCAGCGCGAAACCAUCCUGCACACCCAAUCGCGCCUACUCGAGAGCGAGGGAUAUGUGGACCGUAGCGUCAAGACGUUGCGGGGGAUGGCACGUAGGAUGGCUACCAACCGGGUGAUUACGAUUUCCAUCAUCACCAUCCUGGUUCUUCUCAUUAUCGCCGUCAUUUACAGCAAGUUCAGAUGAAGGAACGCAGCAACAAUAGCAGCAGUAACAAUUAUCCCCGUCAGGAGUGCGGGGCCCGGAGUUUUGGGUUGUAUAAGGAUUCUACCACGACUGUACUUUGAUCACUCCCAUCGGGAACCUCAUUACGUUUUCUUUUUCUUAUGUGUGCUUCUUUUUUGCGAGCAAAGUGAAAGAGAGAGAGAGAGAGAGAGAGAG